AUGAACUUCGCGCUUCUGCGUAAUACAUCUUGUAUUAGCGCAUUGUGUUUCCAAGCCUCGCGCAAUCAUCGCGCUGCGUUUCCCGGUCGCCUUCCUCUCUUGCGCAUCGCCUAUCACUCUCUUGUCGCCUUCGCGCUCUCUCUCCCAUCGCCUAACGCGCUCUCUCUCCCGUCGCCUCCGCGCUCUCUCUCCCGUCGCCUCCGCGCUCUCUCUCCCGUCGCCUCCGCGCUCUCUCUCCCGUCGCCUUGGCGAUCUCUCUCCCAUCGCCUUCGCGCUCUCACUCCCAUCGCCUUUGCGCAAUCUCCCCUCCCAUCCCGUCCACUUCAUCUCCUAUCGCUCACGUCCACCCCUCCCAUCCUGUCGUUCGCUUCUUUUCAACUCCCAUCCCGUCGUUCGCUUCCUUUCCCCUCCCAUCCCGUCGUUCGCUUCCUUUCCCCUCCCAUCCUGUCGUUCGCUUCCUUUCCCCUCCCAUCCCGUCGUUCGCCUCCUCUCCCCUCCCAUCCCGUCGUUUGCCUCCUUUCCCCUCCCAUCCCGUCGUUCGCUUCCUUUCCCCUCCCAUCCCGUCGUUCGCUUCCUUUCCCCUCCUAUCCCGUCCUUUGCUUCCUUUCCCCUCCCAUCCCGUCGUUCGCCUCCUUUCCCCUCCCAUCCCGUCGUUCGCUUCCUUUACCCUCCCAUCCCGUCGUUCGCUUCCUUUCCCCUCCCAUCCCGUCAUUUGCUUCAUUUCCCCUCCUAUCCCAUCGUUUGCCUCCUCUCCCCUCCCAUCCCGUCGUUCGCCUCCUCUCCUCUCCCAUCCCGUCGUUCGCUUCCUUCCCCUCCCAUCCCGUUCCCAAGGAACCCUUUUUCUCGCAGCUCUUCCAUUCGUCCGCCAACAUUCACUCCCAGAUCAUGCAUAGGUGUGUGCGCUGA